AUAAAUUUAUUCAUUCAUUAAAUUAUUCAUUCAUUGUUUUUGAAAAUGUUGAGAGUGUUGGUUGUUGUGCUCUAUGUUUGUGCCAUUCCUGGUGCAUUGAGUCUCUCGGAUGAAAUGCAGGAACUCGUGGAUAUGUUACACAAUACUUGCGUUGGUGAAACCGGAGUAGAUGAAGCCCUAAUCGUGAAAGUACAAAAGGAGAAAGUCUUCGAAGACGACGAAAAACUUAAAUGCUACAUUAGAUGUUUACUGGUACAAAUGGCUCUGAUUAGUGAUGACGGCAUCAUUGAUCCGGAAGGAACAAUCGCUCUAUUACCAGAAGAACAACAAGAUAUUGCUGCCCCCAUUGUCAGAGCUUGUGGAACAAAAAUUGGUGCAAAUCCCUGCGAGAAUGCUUGGCUAACCCACAAAUGCUAUGCUGAAGGAAACCCAGAUAUCUACAUGUUACCUUAAAUAUUAAUGUAAUUUUUUGUUGAUAAGGCACCUUUUAUAUAGAUUAUUUUUUAUAUUAAUAGAUAUAUUGACUAAAAUGUGA